AUGGCAGCUGUCUCCCCCUCCGCAGUUUCCCUGGUGGUGCCUGCAGCAGCAGCUGCUGCUGCUGCUGCUGUGUCGGCGUCUGGUGCAGCAGCAGCAGCAGAACUCUGCAGCAGGCGAGUUGCUGCUGCUGCGCUGCUGCAGCAAUUCGAUGUCUUCGUCUUUGACUGCGACGGGGUCUUGUGGCACGGCAGCAAACUGCUGCCGGGCAUCCGGGGGAUGCUGCAGCAGCUGCAGCAGACCCCCCGCAGCAGCAGCAGCAGCAGCAGCAGCAGCAGCAGCAGCAAAAAGAGCGUCUACUUCCUCACUAACAACAGCACUCUCAGCCGCAGGGGUUUUAUCGAGAAGCUGAAUGGGCUCGGAAUCACGGCCACGGAACAGCAGGUUCUGUGCACAAGUUAUUCUACGGCCAGGUACAUCCUGCAGCAGCGGCAGCAGCAGCAGCAGCAGCAGCAACAGCAGCAGCAGCCCUGCAGCAGCAGCAGCACAGAGCAGCAGCAGCAGCAGCAGCUGCAGCAGCUGCUGCUGCGGCCAAAGGUGUAUGUGGUUGGAGAGAAGGGUUUGCUGGAGGAGCUGCGCCUCAACGGGAUCGACGCCAUUGGUGGACCCGAAGAGACGUACGAAGAAAUAGACUUCGGGAGUGACCCUGGGGUGUACGUACACCCCGAAGUGGGCUGCGUCGUCGUCGGACUCGACCGAAAGUUCAGUUAUAAAAAACUUCAAAAAGCGCAGUUGUAUUUGAACUGCCAAGACUCAGUGUUUCUGGCCACCAACUCGGACCCUCUGGGGAACUUCAAACCGGAGCGCUAA